CGGACCUGGUGGCCCACGACCCAGGCGGGGGGCGGUACCGGGCUGCUGAGAGGGCAAUGGUGGGGGCGGACGCGGGCAGCCAGGCCUGGGAGUCUUAGGGUUCUGGGUACUCCCCCCUGCGCGACCUUGGGCAAGUCGCCCCACCUCCCUGGGUCUCAGUUUCCCUGUUGUCAAAUGGGAGAGACGUUGGGGUCCUCCUUUCUUUGACUGUCCAGGCACGGGUGGAUCUGGAAGGAGCCUGCGGGAGUGUGAGCCAAAGUGCCGUGGCAGGUACCUGUCUGCCUCCCAGGGCGUUAGGCAGCUGUCUCUUACCCACCUUAGCCAUCCUUUUGCUCAGUGAGUCAAGGCCCUGGAACCAGACUGCCAGGUCUGGCCAGUUUUGUUUUGCUCAGGGCUCCCAAGACCGAUUUAGGCACCUUCUGCAAGGAGAGAUUGUGUUCUUUGUGUCUGGCAGAAUGCUUUGACCGUCAAGCUGUUUUAAAUCUAGUAGAUUAAGCCAGAUACUGUGUUGCCAUAAGUCCUUGGCCCACAUUUAAGUAGGGAUGCAGCUAGCUUGGAUGUCUGGAACUUUUUAGCCUCCUGUCUCUGAAUUCCUGAUUGCUAGCCUAAGGCCUGCCGUGGUCAUUCAAGAGCAGGUCAUCAGUGCAGGAUAACCGCACAGCAAAAAUGUUUGCAAAACUAAAGAAGAAAAUUGCAGAAGAGACUGCUGUCUCCCAGAGGCCUGGAGGUGCUACUAGGAUCCCAAGGUCGGUGAGCAAGGAAUCUGUUGCCUCCAUGGGAGCUGACUCAGGAGAUGACUUUGCUUCUGAUGGAAGCAGCUCCAGAGAAGAUCUCUCAUCUCAGCUUUUGAGAAGGAAUGAACAGAUACGGAAAUUAGAGGCCAGACUUUCUGACUAUGCUGAACAGGUCCGAAACUUGCAGAAGAUAAAAGAGAAGCUUGAGAUUGCGUUAGAAAAACACCAGGAUUCUUCCAUGCGGAAAUUUCAAGAGCAGAAUGAGACAUUCCAAGCCAACAGAGCCAAAAUGGCAGAAGGACUGGCUUUGGCAUUAGCCAGAAAAGAUCAGGAAUGGUCAGAAAAGAUGGAUCAAAUUGAAAAGGAGAAAAGGUUCCUGACAGCUCAGUUACAGGAAAUGAAGAACCAGAGUUUGAAUCUUUUCCAAAGGAGAGAUGAAAUGGAUGAACUUGAGGGGUUCCAGCAGCAGGAACUGAGUAAAGUAAAGCACAUGCUUUUAAAAAAAGAAGAAAGUCUCGGGAAAAUGGAGCAAGAGUUGGAGACCAGAACCAGAGAACUCAGUCGCACCCAGGAGGAGUUGAUGACCUCUAAUCAGAUGUCUUUAGACUUGCGUCAGAAGCUAGAAGAGUUGCAGAGACACUCCUCAACGCUGGAAGAGCAGAGAGAUCAUGUGACAGCUUCAAAAACAGGUGCAGAAAAUAAGAUCACAGCCCUGGAGCAAAAGGAACAGGAGCUGCAAGCAUUGAUCCAGCAGCUUUCUGCUGAUUUGCAAAAGGCUACUGCUGAAACUCAAGAAAAAGAAAAACUCAUCACACAUUUGCAAGAGAAGGUUGUGUCCUUGGAGAAGCGACUGGAGCAGAAAUUCUCAGGAGAAGAACAUGUGCAGGAGCUCCUGAAAGAGAAAGCAGUUGCUGAGCAAAAUUUGGAGGAUACCAGACAACAGCUCUUGGCAGCCAGAAUCAGCCAGGCCAAGACCAUAGACAUCCUGGAGACUCGGGUGAAGGAACUCGAGCAGAGCCUGCAGGCAUCUGAGGAUAAGCUGAAGCGGAGCAACGAUGUGGCAGCAGCUCAAGAAGCACAGAUUCAGGAGCUUGUGGCCACCAACAAGGAGACCAGCCAUGCCCUGGAGCAGCAGUGCUCCCAGCGCACCCAGGAGCUAAAGGCCCAGCUCGAGGCCCUGGAGAGAGAGCGGGCGGCCGAGCUGUCUGCCGCAGAGCAGGGGAAGAGAGAGCUGGAGCAAGAAAAUGCCGCCCUUAAAGAAAGUAGGAGUGAAUGUGAACGUUCUUUACAGCAUCACCAACUUGAGCUAAAGAAGCUAAAGGAAGAAUGGAGCCAAAGAGAAAUUGUGAGCGUGGCCGUGGCUCAGGCCCUAGACGAGGUGCGGAAGCAGAAGGAAGAGUUCCAGCAGCAGGCUGCUAACUUGACAGCUAUAAUCGACGAGAAGGAGCAGAAUCUGCAGGAAAAGACUGAAGUGAUUCUCCAGAAAGAGCAGGAGAUUCUCCAGCUGCAGAAAGGUCACGAGUCUGCCCUCCAGCAGAUGCACGAGCUGCAGGCUGAGCUGGAGGCCCUGAGGAGCCUGCAGGCAGAGGAGUCGGAGGCCGCGGGCGCACCGGAGGACCUGCUGAGGCUGCCGGGUCAGGAGCAGGGGGUGGCACCUCACGCAACCUUGAGGGCUUCGCAGGACCCCGAGUACCAGCUUCCUGCCCCAGAGGGAAUCCCAAAUGGGGAGGUUGGCGCCAUGGAUCUCGAGCAGCUGCAGAAGGAGAAACAGGACUUGGAGCAGCAACUUCUGGAGAAGAAUAAGACCAUAAAGCAGAUGCAGCAGAGGAUGCUGGAACUCAAAAAAACCCUGCAGAAGGAAUUGAAAAUCAGACCCGAUAACGAGCUUUUUGAAGUCCGCGAGAAGCCUGGUCCUGAGAUGGCAAACUUGGCCCCUUCUGUCACAAAUAACGCUGACCUGACGGAUGCCCGCGAGAUUAACUUCGAGUACCUUAAACACGUGGUCUUAAAAUUCAUGUCCUGUCGUGAAUCCGAGGCUUUUCAUCUCAUAAAAGCAGUAUCAGUGCUGCUCAACUUUUCUCAAGAGGAAGAGAAUAUGCUCAAAGAAACGCUGGAGUAUAAGAUGUCGUGGUUUGGGUCCAAGCCGGCGCCCAAGGGCAGCAUCCGGCCAUCUAUCUCCAACCCGCGGAUACCGUGGUCCUAGAGGGAACUUGCCAAGCGCGGAGCUCCGGGGGCGGACACUUUUUCUGUGAAAAGAACACUGAUACACCGGCCUGGGUGGGUUUUUAAUCACUGUAACUGCAGUAUUUUGUACAAGCGUCUAAACAUUGUUUACAAGACUCAAGGCCACUUCCCUGCAGACUGCUCUGGCCCGCAGAGGGAGCCGACCCUCGGUCGCCCGGGCCCCCACGGGAGGCCCUGGCGCCGCCUUGCCAGGGCUGUGGAAACGCCAGCUGCGGCCAGCACCCACCUGCUAACGUUAGCACUUUGAACGGAAUUGUCUGUCAGAGGCGGCGAGAGACCCAUCAGGUGGCCGCGCCCCUGACUGAGAUGACGCAGCCCUUGAAGUGGUGCCCAGCCGGCCACACCGCCUGCUUCUGCGCAGUUAACGCCGUGGGGGUGCCUUUUGGAACCCCCCCUUCCCUGGUAGCAUGUUUGGUCAGAUGAGCUCGAAGAGGCUUUUUAACGUCCUCUCGAGAACACGUCGUUUCGCCUGCUCAGACCACCUGGGGCUUUAGAUGGUGCUCGGGCCAGUGUGGAUUCAGGAGUACGCGGCGUGCUGAAGCCAAGCAGCAAACGUAUUAAAAGAUCCUGAGUAAAGCACCAAAUACACUCAGUUGCCUUCUAAUGAAUGUACGUCUCGGAUAGGUUGCUGGUAAACCACCCAAUAUUUUUUAUAGCUGAAGCUGUUCUUCAUUAUAAACAUGUCUUCUGAUCACAAAAUCCACCCAGCUGAUGUUCUUGAAGGAAGUCAGCAAGAGGACAUGGUUUCUAAGAUCGGGAUCCCGUCCCUUUGGCAUUUGGCUGGCAUCCGCGGCGUGCACCUCCCUCUGCCGCAGUGGUGGAUUCCGAUGCUUUGCUCUCCAUGCUGCGCCACGGAGCGAGUGGUCAUCCCGUUUCCUGCUGUCAAGGACAGGCUGCUGUCCUCGAGCCGCUCAGGGCCUGCCCUGUAAGCGGAGCCCCCCCCCUCCAUGUCCUCGCGCCCGUGCAGGUGACCACCGCCCACCCAUACGCGGUGUCAACAGCGGCCCCGGCUGCAGUGCUGCUGGCACUGCCGGCUCCAGGAGGGACGGCAGCCCGCUGGCUUGGGCUCUUAGCGACACGGGAACAGGCUUGCCCUGGAUAAGUCACAAUGUCAGAUCGUUUGAUUUAAUUUGACACAAGUUUCAUUGGUUAAGUGAAACACCAGUACCUGGAGCUCCUAAAUUUCUCAUCAGUUAUCCUGUGAUGUAAAGUUGUCUCAGUUCUGCUUAGGGUUAAAACACCAAGUACAGCUCACGGAAAAGCAAGGAUUUGUAGGAACCCUCCUGCAUUUCCACGGACUUACGGAGCAGGGACAGCAUCACCUUCGGCCCGGCUCAGGCUGCCACCCACGCCCCCCACUCCCCAGUCACCUACCUCCUCCCGGGGCCCCUCCCUGCAGCUGUCUGGUGUUUAGAAUGCUAUUCCCCACUUCCCUGGGGACAGGAACAGGAGUCCCUUCCCUUCUGUAAUUGGAGAAGAGGUGGCUUUUUCUAUAACACAGGACUUCCUCCUUCCAGCUGUCCCAGGAGAGAACCCCUCAGAAGACUGGGGAGUUCAGGGCUUGCCAGAGCAGCUACAACACGGCUGUGGGAGCCCCCUCAACUCCUCUGUGGCUUCUUCAGCCCCUGAGCUGGCCUCACGCUCACCACCCCCCAGCAGUUCUAGGGCAGUUUAGGGAGCCCAUCACUAAGCCCGUUUUCGCUUAGGGAGGAUGAGUUCUGAUUCAGCUUUCCUCCUGCAUGUGGAAUUCAGCUUUAAAAAGAAUGGAGUAAAUAUUCUAAGUGAUUUAAUGCACUUUUACUUGUAUAAAAUGUUCUGUGAUAGACAGUAUACAUAGCCCUUUAUAUCAAUAUUAGAUCCGGAUCUGUCCCUCCAUGUUGUAAAUAGGGAUUAUAUUAUCUAAAACUGCUGUAGAGAAUUCAUUUGUGGUGCAAUAUACUUUUUGAUUAAAGCUCUUCAAUCCAGAUGCAACUGCAGUGGGUUUUACUUGA